CUGAUUUCAAAAUGGCAGGUCUUCCGGGUCUAUUUCUGAAUUGAAAAUUUUCAAGAUUCCGAUGGAAUGAGAAGGGGUGGAGACACUUUCCCUGGAGCAGGGCUUGGCAGAAGGUCGACCGUUGGACGCAAUGCCUCAAGUCGAGCAUCUUUGGACCAGGAUUUGGACUCUAUUCUAAGUGGUGGUAAUGAUGAUGAUCUAUUUGGUGCAAGUGCUCAACAGCAACCAAAGGCCAAAGGGAGGUCUGGAACUUCAGGUCCUGCCAAGAAGGGAACACUGACGUCAGGUGCCACUGAUGAAGACUUUUACAGUAGUCUGGCUCAGAUGGCUGGGAGUGACAUUGAAGAUGAGGACGAGUCACUGUCUGAGGCAGAUGCCAAAAAGAUGGCUGACAGUCUUGCUGGUCUUGAUGACAUGGAAUCUGAUCUCUUUGGAGGAUCCUUGGGAAAGAAAAAUACAGUAAGCAAGUCUCCAAAACCUGUAAAGGCUGCAUCAGAACAGAAGAAGAUCAGUGCUGACAGUAAACUACCCCCUGCAACCUCCUCUACAACAGAGUCUGCUAAAUCCAAGAUGGCAUCUGCAUCAUCAUCAUCAUCAUCUACAAAAACUGGUGAAUCUUCCGAAAAAGCAACCUCCAAGCAAGAUUCUGUCAAGGUGAAGGAAGUGAAAAAGCCAAGGAAAAAAUUUGACUUUGGAGAGUUUGAUGAAGAUGACCCCUUGGCAGGCCUGUUAUCUGAUGAUGAAGAAGACCCAAAACCCAAGCCCAAGCCUAGAAAGUCUUCAGGUUCAAAGAACAGUGGUUUGUCUGCAAUAUCUAGUCAAGAUUCCACAGAAGAGAGACCAUCGUCUUCAAGAGGGCGUCAGCCAGCCAAUCAGGAAUCAGCAAAUACACCAUCACCUCCUGUUACACCAGAACAUCAAGCUGCUCUCAGGGGGAGCAAAAAUCAAAGUGAUACUGUAUCUUCCCCCCCUGAAUCACCAGAGGUAACAUCAGAUAUCCAGGGGGGAGAGGUAACACCCUCUCAAACUACACCACGGGAAAAAGGAAAAAGAAAGCCUAAUGCUGGUAAAGCAAAGCCAAGUAAGGAGGAGAUUAAUUUUGACUCAGAUGAAGAUUUACCAGGUCUGGAUGACUCUCAAGAAAACACUCCUCGAGAUUCACCCAUUCCUCCCACAAGAUCAAAGAAAGAGCAAACAAGCAAAAAGGAAACACAGGGCACAUCAGGGGAUAUAUUUGGAGACGAUGAUGACCUGCCUGGUACUGAAACCAGAAGUGACAGCCCCACAAGAGGUUCUCGUUUCAGCGAACUGCUUGGUAAAAAGGAAAAAGAAGAAACUAAAAAACAAGUUCCUAAAUCUUUAGACGACUUCAUGGCCAACAUAAGCACAAAGCCUCCGGCAGGAGGAGGCACAACAAACAAGAAAGUUUCCAGUCCAACUUCUGAGGAGUCAUUCCAGUUUGGUGGUUACAUGCCAUCUGCAGCCUCCAGUGGUCGGUCGCGCAGUCGAGGAGGCCUGGCAAGACCAGACACAGCCCCCAGCUCCACCAAGCGUUCCGUGCGGUUUUCAGAUGACCUGGGACUAGAUGAUGAACUAUUUGGAGGUGAGAGGCCCUCGACAGCUCCGAGUCAGAGAUCACCCGGAAGGCAAACAAAAAGAGAUGAAAAAGAUGAAAAAGUCAGUGGAUCGUAUUUAGAUGAUAAAGACCAGAAACCAAAAGGAGACAGCAAUCCAACUAAAGGACAAGCGAGGAAUAAUGAAGAAAGCAAGAUCGAACAGAAAAAGAAUCCACAAACUGAGAAACCAAAAGAGGACAACACGCCUGCUACACACGGAUCCAAAUUAGGUGGAAGCGGCGGGGGAGACUGGUUAGGACUGAGUGGAGGUGAUGACGACGGAGGUCUGGAUCUUAGUAGUGCUCCUCUCAAAACAAGCACACCAUUUCCUCAGGAGAGCAGAAAGGACACACCCAGCGUGAAAGCCCCCCUUGAACGUCAGGAGAGGCAGCAAUCACCGCCAAGAAGAGCUGGACGACGCCGGGGGGAUGGUGACAACGAUGAGUUCUUACGCAUGCUGGGAAUUACACCUGAUGAGCCACCAAAACCAAAACAGGUCGAGUCAGCUGAUGACAGUGGCAAGUCGUCUUUGUUCCCAUGGGAGUCCCAAGGAGGCAGUCCGAGAAGAGGAAGGCGGAGGCGUGAUCAAGCCAGUCCGCAGUCCUCGUUUGAUGAACCAGACCCUGCAUCCAGCCUUGGAGGACCCCUAGAUAGGCCGCCUCAGGGGGGUCGCAUGGACAAAGAUGACUUUGAAAAGGUAGUGCAACAAUCUUUAAACCAAGAUACAGCAAAACUGCAAACUGAACGGCAAGCAGCUGCCGGAGAAGUUCAGACUAGAAGAGAAUCUGAAACAGCUGUAAUCCACGACAGUUCUUUACCUUCGCCUUCGGCAGCUGUUCCACAAGCGCAAGUAUCAACCACUGCGUCACAACAGCCUGGUCUUUCUCUCUCGCAGCAAUACUCACUGCAGCCGUACACAACACACCCAAUCCCCCCUCAAGCCAACGUUUCACUGCAAAUGACAGCUCAACCUUCAGCUCAGCAGAUGUAUCCUCAGCCUCAACAUUUCUCUCCUUCACAGUUCCAAAAAACUUCUUUUGCCUCAUCUACUGGUCAAAAUACCUCCCAGACCCUUCCAUACCAACCUUAUUACCAGUCCACAGCUGGAUUUCAACCAUCUCCCCAGGCCAUCCAACCGUCGUCGGUAGAAAGGCUUGAAAUGACAAAAUUGAAAGCCGAAAGUGAGCUGCAGCAGAAUAGACUGCUGGAAUACGAACUAGUUAACGAACAGCACGUGCAGCAGAAGACAAGACUAGAAGAAGAAGUGAGGGAGCUUAUGAAAAAGGUACAAGAGAGGGAAAACGUCCGACAGAGAACAGAUCUGGACGCUUCCAGUAAAUUGUCAGAGUUGGAAGGGAAGGUCCGCCGUUAUGAGCUUGAGCGGGAACAACUUCUGACUACGAUUGAAACGUUGAAAACAAGACACAAAGAUGAGCUGGCUAACAUAGAUGCCUCUCACAAAUCUCACUUGAAGACCUUGGAGGAAUCAUACCAACGUCGCGAACAAAGGCUACAAGAUGAGACCGACCUUAUCAUCAAACAAAACAGUGAGAAGUUAAAAACUUUGGAAACGGAGAAGGCUGACAUACGAGCAGCUAACAACCGAAAACUUUCAAUGUUAGAGACAGCGAAAAACAACGAGAUAGAAACGUUAAAAGAUCUUCAUCGACGAGCCAUGGAACAAUUACGCCACGAACACGAAGAUGAGAUGGCGCAUCUCCGAAGGCUUAAAGAGCAGGAGGUGUCGGCGGCUACAAGCGCGCAUGCUCACACCAAGUCGCUCCAGUCCCUUAUGGACCACGUUUUAAACUCGACUCGAGAAGUGAGUGACUUGCGACAGAAGAUUGAGGUUACUCACAAAAGUGGUUUGGAAGAGCGCGAACUCUCCGCGAGAGCUCGGGACGACUACUUGAAACAAUUGCAGGAAAGGUUACUACGGCAGCAAUCUGAGAAUGACGAGGAGAGGACCAGGUUGCAAGGUCUGGUCGCCAAGAUGGAGUUGCACAUGCGCGAGCAGUCUCGACAAGUUGAUCAAGAAAGAUGGCGUCUUACUCAAGAGGAGUCAAGGUUGAAAGCUGUUCAAGCCGCACUGGAAGACGAGAGACGAAUAACUAUGGAACAGCUCUCCUUGCAAAGAGCUGAGGUACAGCGUGCCCGAGAUGACCUGGUACGAGAACAAAGAACUGCUAUGGGUCAGAUACAAGAAGAGCGGCGAUCACUGGCCACGGAACGAGCCCAGCUCUCCUCUGCUCACAGAGACCUGAUCAGCAGAGAGAAAUUGAAGACUGAGACGAGUGUACAGGCUGAGGCUGAUCUUGGAGCAACUGCAGUAAAGAUUAAAGAGGACGCCGCUACCUUGAAUGUAAGGGAGGCUCAGCUGAAACAGCAAGAGGAGAGAUUGAGGAGAGAGCAGGAAGAAUUCGAGCGGAAGCGGAUUGGAUUUGAGGAAGAGAGGGACAGAAUCGGAAAGUUGGGUCUCGAGGUGCAGAAGAGAUCACGGGAGAUCGAGGAACUUUGCGCAGAUGCUGGUCGGGCGCGCAAUGACGGUGAGCAUGCCCUGGAACUAGCAGAACGCGUGCGAGUAAAUGCGGAGGCUCAAAGAGCGGAAGCUGAAGGAAUGUUCCUGGUCGUGCAGGAGAAAGAACGGCAACUGGCACAGGAUCGUCUUGCUAUCGCUCAUGAGCGUCGUAUGCUGGAGAAAGACAAGCAGUUAGGGCGAUGUUGGCAGUGUGAGGGACGGCGGGCGAGUCCUGCAGGACAGAUUCAUGCAGCAUCCCAAGUUUCAGAUUCGCCGGCAGUGGACACGUCAGUCCUUACCCAUCCAUCCCUACCAAUGUCUACACCUGGAACUCCUGACUUGUUGGUCAACACUCUGGAGUUGAAACGGACACUUCGAAAGUGGUCACAUGACAAAGAAAAGGAUGAAGAAUUUCUGGAACAAGAGGCGCAGUUUCUGAAUAGAUUGCAGAAGUCACGUGACACCAGCAAGCUUAAGUCCAGUCUUCCUUUGAAUUCAACUGUUUACUAACGUGAUCACGUGAGUGGUAUAUCGUUGCUGAUGUCUGUACGAACUGAAGGAAUUUACUAUGCGGUCUUGUUUGUUUGUUUUUCUUUUUAAACGAUCGAGUCCCAUAGGUAAUGAAAACCGCACACGCACGAGUAAGGACACGAACUAAUUGGUGAAGUCGUUCGUGGAUUGCACACUUCUAUUUAAUUUAAGAAAGUAACAAUUUCUUGCGGACAAGCAAGUAAACAUCCUUCGUCGUGUGUUUAGAAGCUACAAAUGCUGCGGAGAAAUAUUUCAUUAUUGUUUGUGAGAAGUCGAGUGAAAAAUUAAUCAAAAUGACAGAACCAUUGAGUUUGGGCGACAGUCAGACGACAUGCGUACACGCUUCUCUUUUUUGUUGUGAAACAUCUUUAAAUUAAUAAGUUAGCAUAAGAUUAUGUGCGUUUAUUGGUUUGUUUUUUUUUCGCUCAUUACUCGAUUAUCUUAGUUACCUUAGUUGGCAAUAUGUUGGUUCGCUAAGUUACAUUUUUUCUCUCCAGUUCACCCUCUUAGUUUGUCGUCUCUUUUGUCUAAUGACCAAAGAACCUUUUAACGAUAUAGGUUCGUGUGGCUCCUUGCCAGCUUCUAAACUCUCAAAUCUUUAUAGCCAGCCAGUCAGUCUGUGACAUUUUGACAUCAGACACAAUUGAUAGUAAAAAGAAUGACGUCACAGGAUGACGUGUGUUGUUUCUUGUUCAAACGCUAUAACUCUGAGAUAGGCAACUUCAAUUACUUUUUCUAGUGGCGAGAACAGUUUACGGAUCAACCCUUCUCGUAAACCUUACUUGCCCGCCAACGUCACUAAUCAGUGACAUUUAAGAAACUUUUCACUUUUAUCCUUUUUUUUUCUUUCCUUUCAUUUCCUUUCGUUUUUCUUAUUUGGUAUGGGAAAGGUUUGGGGAGGUCACGUCACGGAAUUUUUCUUUUAUUUAUUCCUUUUUCUAAUGACAUCAAAGGUCAAAGAAUACACAAGAAAUAAAUGAGACUCUUAAAGCAUGAAGAAGUUCGUCAAGGAUUGCAAAUGACCACGUACGCCAAAUGUAGGCUGAAUUGUUGUAGAUGGGUAUACCUUGAUCAAGCCCCACUAUUAAAAGCAAUGAAUUUUACUUCAAUUCUUUUCUAAAAAAAAUAACUACUUUUUAAAACCCUUUUUUCUAUCUUUCUCUGCUGUAUUAGUCAGAACAUGACCUAUUCCAAGGUUCCGAUUAUCAAACAACUAGAUUCUCAUUCUACUUUUUGUGGCUUCAGGUCAAAAUUUUGAGAAUUAUUUUGUCUUUCCAGGCAGAAAUGAUAAUGUACAGAUAUUUUACUUUGUGUAG